GGGGGGCUGCGCCCACGCAUUGCCCACCGCACCUUGCCGCCCGCUGACCGCCAGUCAGCAACUGUGGCUCGUGUUGGCUGAACCAUCUGUAGGGCCAUCUUCUUUUUUCUUGCCGUAGGACACCUAAACUCACACACACACAAUGGCGGAUGAUGAAAAAAAGCGUCUCGAUGAGGCGAAGAAGGCCAAACAGGCCGAGAUCGACCGCAAGCGUGCGGAGGUCCGUAAGCGGAUGGAGGAGGCCUCCAAGGCCAAGAAGGCGAAGAAAGGUUUCAUGACCCCCGAGAGAAAGAAGAAGCUUAGGUUGCUCCUCCGUAAAAAAGCCGCCGAGGAAUUGAAGAAAGAACAGGAACGCAAAGCAGCGGAGAGAAGGCGCAUCAUCGAAGAGAGGUGCGGUAAACCCAAGAACGUCGACGAUGCAAAUGAAGCGGAACUGCAGACGAUAUGUCAAAUGUACUGGCACAGAAUAUACAACCUUGAGGGGGAUAAAUGGGAACUAGAACGAGCACUCCAAAUUAGGAAAAUGGAGAUCUCCGACCUGAACUCUCAAGUCAAUGACCUCAGAGGAAAAUUCGUCAAACCAACACUCAAGAAGGUUUCCAAAUAUGAAAACAAAUUCGCCAAGCUCCAGAAGAAGGCUGCCGAAUUCAACUUCCGUAACCAAUUGAAGGUUGUCAAAAAGAAGGAAUUCACCCUUGAAGAAGAAGACAAAGAGGGUGGUGCUGGCGCCAAGAAAAAGCCAGACUGGUCCAAGGGCAAGCCAGGAGAUCAGAAGGAAGGUGCGCCAGCUGACGCGGCGGCUCCGGCGGCAGGAGCGCCGGCAGCGGCACCAGCAGCGGCACCAGCAGCAGCACCAGCAGCACCAGCAGCGGCAGCACCUGCUCAAGCAUAAAUUGGAACUGGACUACGAAGAAUCUUCACCAAAGAGGGUCAUCUGUCACUCCAUCAAGAUGAUUAUGUACUUUUUCAUCUCAUUGUGAUUUCUAACAUCGUUGCAAUGUUCUGUAUCGUACUUAAUAUUGAUACUACUAAAUCUACUAUUAUUGUUAUUUUUUUUUAUAAAAUAUACAAAUAAAAAAUAUACAAAAAAACCAUCAUGUGUCUAUAAUAAUUAAUUAAUUUUAAUUUAAUGCUUUAAUUUUAUAACUUACGUAGUUAGUUUCACAACUUUAAUAUAAAAAAGAAUAAAUAAAUUAUUGCCUAUAUUAUACUUUUUUGUUUAUUAAGAAAUUGAAAGUGAAUUAGAAAAAUAAAUCUUAAUAUUUAUCUAGGUGCAUACAUACUAAAUAAAUACAAUAGAUAUGUAUUAAUCUUUUUGCCCAUUUAGUGUAUACUUUAGCUGAAAAUAAAAGGUUAUAUUUUAUUUCACGUA